CUUAUCUAAUCAGUAGGUAUAGGUAGAUAUUUCUGCGAUAAGGCUAAGUGAAAAUUCUGCUGAUCUCAACGAAAUAGCCCGUUUUCCACGUUUCCAUUUGUGCCAAAAUGCGCGUGUUGAUACGGUCAGCAAUAUCAGAAUGCGAGCUAAACGCAUUGCCCAAAACCCCCUUCCGGGAAAUUUUCGAUGUGAUGUGUAAAAAUCUACUAGUUUUCGAAAAAUGGUACUUUGGGUUGAUGUACACAGGCCCUGAUUACGAAGACAUCUGGUUAGAUGGCUCCAAAAAGUGCCUCAGAGAUUUGAAAAGCAUCGUCGAGAAAUUACAGUUCAAGGUGAAGUAUUACCCUGAAGAUGUGGGCGAGGAACUUAUUGAGAAAUCCACAAUUGAAUUAUUUUUCGCACAAGUGAAGAAUGAUAUUGCGAGGGACAAAAUUUACUGUCCUGCUGACACGUGCGCCCUUUUGGCAUCGUAUGCUUUGCAAGCGCAGUUCGGGGAUUACUCCGAAAGCAAAAAACUGACCAGUCAGAUUAAAAAAUUAAUCCCGGAGCGUGUUUUAAACCAACACCAAAUGGACAUUUCGGAAUGGGAGGACACGAUUGUGACAAUGUGGCAGAAACACAAGGGUUUUGAAGACGAAGAUGCAAUGAUGGAGCACUUGAAACUAGCCCAAAAUUUAGAAAUGUACGGAGUGACUUUUUUCAAAAUCAAAAACCGGAAAGGCACCGACGUGCUACUCGGAGUUAAUGCCUUAGGUCUAGAUAUUUAUAAACCUGAGGACAAACUGAACCCUCAAAUUUCGUUUCCUUGGGCCGAAAUAAAAAACCUGAAGUUCAAGGACCGCAAAUUUGUUAUAAAACCAACCGAUAAGACAAGUCAGGACUUUGUAUUUUUCACUUCCGAACCAAGAAUGAGUAAAAUGAUUCUAAAUUUGGGAAUCGGUAAUCACUCUUUGUACGUCAAGAGACGAAAACCUGAGACUACUGAAAUUACAAGAAUGAAGGAACGGGCAAGAGAGAUGAGGAAGAAUCGGGAAGCCCAAAAGCAAAAACUGAAUAAGGAACGCGAGGCUCGUGAAGAGGUCGAACGCCGCGAAACUCAGUACAAACUCAUGAUCGAAUCGAUGAAAGAAGAGCUUGAACGAAACAGAGCUAAUCUUCUCGAUGCCCAAAACACCAUCCAAAAGCUCCAGCAACAGCUCGAAGAGCUCCAAAGAUCCAAAGAAGAACUCGAGAAGCAACAACAAGAACUGAAGGAAAUGAUGGAGCGUCUAGAGCACAGCAAGAACAUGGAAGCUGCUGAAAAACUAGCCCUUGAGCAAGAAAUCCGCGAGAAGCAACUAGAAGUGCAACGUAUCCAAGAAGAAGUCAACGCCAAAGACGAAGAAACCAAACGACUCCAAGAAGAAGUCGAAGAAGCACGGCGCAGAGAAGAAGAAAUGAGACAACUGGAGGAGGAGCGCAAACAACGCGAACUGGAGGAAGCGAAGAAAGGGGAAGAAAAGGAACUGGAAGCGCUCCCGGAGGGGGCCAACACCGAACUCCCGGAAAUCGUGGAUGUGAAUGACCAACUCCGGGACCAACUCAAGAUGUUGCAACAAAAAUUGGACGAAACAAGGAACCAAACGAUGGAUACGGACCUGGAUAAGAUCCAUCGGGUGAAUUUGGCCCAGGGCAGGAAUAAAUACAAGACUCUGGCCGAAAUCAGGCGCGGGAAUACAGUGCGUCGCGUCGAAAUGUUUGAAAAUAUGUAAAAAAUGUACGAAAUAAAAUAUUUUUAUUUUUUGCCAUUA